AUGACAUGGAUGAGAUUAAUUGCUAUGGGUCUGCCCCUGUACCGGUUGAAGGACAUCAGACAGCUGUAUGAGGUGGAUACUUGGGGGGACAGUCCUAUUGAUUUCUCUAACUCCUCCAUACACCCCCGACCCCGGGGCCAUGUCAUAGCAGCCAGGAUCACCAGCGAAAACCCUGACGAAGGAUUUAAGCCUAGUUCUGGGACUGUCCAGGAGUUGAAUUUCCGCAGCAGUAAGAACGUGUGGGGGUACUUCAGUGUGUCUGCCACAGGGGGACUUCAUGAAUAUGCUGACUCUCAGUUUGGACACUGCUUCUCCUGGGGAGAGAACCGAGAGGAUGCCAGAGAGGUGUGA